AUGAACUAUACCUGCUCUAAACAGACUUUCCUAUCCAGCAAGAUCACUCCAUGCUGUGCACUGCCAGUGCCAUUCAGAGGAGAAUGUGUUAUCAACUCUGAAAAUGACAAUAAACCUCAUCUUUCAUCCCUGCAACUCAGCAUGUUUACAGAGGAUCGAUUUGUAUGCAAACAGUUCUCUGACAAGCAAGACGAUUUCCUACAAGAGUUUCUUUAUGAAUAUUCAAGAAGACAUCCAGAGUUGGCAGUUCCAGUGAUUUUAAGAGUGGAUUCAGUAUAUCAAAAGUUAUUGGGAAAAUGCUGUAAAUUAGAAAAUCCUCUGGAAUGCUAUAGCCAUGGGAAUGAGAUGUUCCAAAGAGUGGUUCAUGAAAGCCACGAGCGUGUUAAAAAUCAUUGUGAUUUGCUGGAGCAAUUAGGAGACAGUAACUUCCACGACAGGCUCCUGGUCCUUUAUGCUAAGAAAGCCCCACAACUAUUUGCUCAAGAGUUGGUCAUGUUCACAAAGAACAUGGCGGCUGCCGCCACCAAAUGUUGCCCUCUGAGUGAUGAACAGCAGUUUGCCUGCAUGGAGGAUGCGGCUAAGCUAAUUCUUGGAGCUUUGUGCAGAAGACAUGAGACACAACCUAUCAAUGCUGGUGUGGGUCACUGUUGUGAUGAUUCCUAUGCCUUCAGAAAGCUAUGCUUUGAUGAUCUUCAAGUUGAUGGAACUUAUAUUUCUCUACAUUUAUCCUGUGACCAAAUUAUCAGCCUUAAAGAGGACUUGUGCAAAGCUCAAGAGGAGGAAAUACAAACUGAAAAGCAAAAGCUCCUCAGCAACCUUGUGAAGCAGAGACCAUAUGCAGCAGAGAUGCAGUUCCAGCCAAUUAUUGCAGAUUUUACUCAGCUGGUGAAGAUGUGCUGCCAAGCAGAAAAACGUGAAACAUGUUUCCAAGAAGAGGCAUCCAAACUGAUAGAAAAGUGCCAAUCUCUCUUGGGAGGCUAA